UGUUUCAUGCAUGCGUUUGAGGUGUGUUGCGGUUGGUGAGGUGAGUGGUUGCUGUUUCUGUAACUCAAGCUGUUCACUCGAUGACCCAUCAAUCCAGCUGCAGUUGGCUUAUGAGGAUCGGACAUCACAGCUCGCAGGCGCAGCAUGGCUUGCAUAUGUAGAGAUUCGGCCCCAUUCUGUACCCCGCAUCUCAUUUUGAUGGCGGUGUGCGUCUGGUUGUGAGGAUAGAAGCUCGGGUCACUUUUCUUUGUUCAAGGAACGAUGACUGAUCCUCUCUCCGUCAGCGCGGGCGUCGUUGGCCUCGUCGUUCCAGCCCUCCACGGCGCCCGACUCCUCCUAGACGACGUACGAAAGAUCAUCGAUGCCCCUGCCGUCAUAGAGCAUUUGAAAGCAGACCUGACCUCUCUAGACGCCACCGUGGAAUCUCUCCAAGCUAUCGAGGAAGAAGACUGGGCACUACUCGGCGACGCCGUAACCUCGCACGCAAAAUCCGUCAUUAACAACUGCGACAAGGCAUGUCGCACCUUUCACGCGGACCUUGCGCGCUGGACGCGGCGAUCACCGGGUGGCAAGCUGUCUUGGAGGGACCGGGCGAAGCUUGGGUUCUUCAAGGAGAGUCAGAUCAAGGCUAUUUCGCAGCAGUUGCAGAGUUGUAAGAUUACUUGCGGGAAUGUUGUUGAAGUGGCGACGUUAUACAGUUCAUUGCGGAAUAAUCGCCUCACGCAAGAGAUGAAAGAUGCCCUGGCGGCGAAAGAGACAGACCUCAUCGGCUUUUCCAAAGCUACCGAUACGCGUCUCGCGGACGUCGAAGCUUCUCUAGCACAGAUGCAGCUCGUCGAUGUCACUACACAGGAUGACGGCGCAGUGGACGAUCUCAUGAGUGCCGUUGCACAGCUUGAGGAGGAAUUGGUGGCUUUGAAGGCUUCCCGUGAGCUUGUCCCUGAACUACUGUCGCGUGUUAGUAAGGAGGAGAUUGCGAGGCUUGCUGCGGGUGAUCAGAGGUCUACGACGACGGUGACGUUUGGUAAUAGCAAUUCUGGUUUCCUGGUUGGGGUCAACUCGGGUUCGAUUGGUGAUGUUAGGGUGAGAAGUGAUGGCGGACGUGCUAGAGGCUCUAGGUAAGCAAGCAAUGUGUUAUACUAUCGCUGUAGGUCACAUCUACGUACUCAAAAGAGGCAUUCGAGCUGCAAGCACUUCGUCAGUCCUGGUCUUCGCGAGCAAUCGUCCGCAGCCUUAGGCGUGAGGGCAUUCAACCAUGCCCCCUACGUCCUAGCGCCAUCGAGGGUGCGGGGUUGCGCCGUGCUCGCCUUUGGGUGCCCUGCGCGCGCAGCUCAACACUGCUUUUCAACAAUGAUGCGACGUGUCGAGGGCGGCCAUGGCAGGUGCAAGCACAAGCGUCAGCUUCGGAGGCAGUAAUACAGG